CCAAAAAAAUCUUGGGGAAUCGUGGCUCAUUUCACUAAUUGGGUUUCGUAUUCAUUUUCAAAUCCCAGACUUUCGAAGGAAUCUUUUCACUUCUAUGUUUCUUUUACCACAACUCAUUUAUUUUCGUGCUCCUAAAAGGGAGCCUUUCUGGAGGGGUAAAUUAAGUGUCACUGUUGUCGUUUCUUUUCAAGUCUAGUUUAUGUUAAACAAAAGUUUUGGAAUGAAUACUUGAGCUCUUUAUUCAGGAGGUACAGUUAGCAGCCAUAGUUUUGCCUUUUCGUCUCCAGAGUUGAUCCGGUCAACUACCAAGUUGGAGUUUUCCCAUUAUCUUUUUUUUAACCUUUUUGUUUUAAAUCUUUUCUUUCCCUGUUGUUGUUGUUGUUUUAUUUUAUUUUAUCUUGUUUUAAUCAAAUAUUGUUACUAUUUUUAUGCUUUGGUUGUGGAGAUGGGGCAGAAGUCCAGAAUGGCUACUGCAGACCACAGGCUGAAGGAAGUGCCACAGGAUCUGAGGAAACAGCUUGCUCUUGCUGUUAGAAGCAUUCAAUGGAGCUAUGCAAUCUUCUGGUCCAUUUCAUCCAGGAAACCAGGAAUCUGCUGCAAUGUGCACACAAAAUAAAGUCUUGGGUAUUGGAAUGGAGUGAUGGCUACUACAAUGGUGAAAUCAAGACAAGAAAAACAGUUCAGGCAGCCGAAUCCGAUGCAUCCGAUCAGCUAGGACUACAGAGAAGCGAUCAAUUGCGAGAGCUGUAUGCUUCGUUGUCACUCGGCGAAACCAAUCCUCAGGCUAAAAGGCCAACAGCUGCACUGUCCCCCGAAGACCUCACUGAUGCCGAGUGGUAUUUCUUGGUCUGUAUGUCUUUUGUGUUCAAUCCAGACCAAGGGUUGCCUGGAAGGACAUUGGUCAAGAAUCAGACAAUCUGGCUGUGCAAUGCUCACCGUGCAGACACCAAAGUUUUUGCCCGAUCUCUGCUUGCAAAGAGUGCAUCGAUCCAGACAAUUGUGUGCUUUCCACAUUUAGAUGGUGUUGUCGAGCUGGGAACAAAUGAACAUAUUUCGGAGGAUCUAAGCCUGGUGCAGUAUAUAAAAGCUUCAUUCCUGGAGAAUCCUUCGACAAAUCCUUCCACGAUUCCUAACCAUGUAGUCCCUAACAUUGUCCCAACUGAUGAAGGCGCCUGUGAUCGUGCAGACAUAUCUCAAGAUGGUCUCGACAGGAUUCUGGAGAGUCCAGACAGGGAAGCUUGUUCACCAAACAACUGUUCGAACGAUUUUGCUGAUCAUAUGCUAAGAGAGGAAUCAAACUUCUUAGAAGGCACUGUCAAUGGGGAGGCUUCACAAGUGCAGAACUGGCCACUGAUGGAUGAUGCCGUCAGCAAUUGUCUGAACAAUUCGAUGACUUCCAGCGACUGCGUUUCUCAGACAUAUGGAGAUCCAGUCACAACCUCGGAUGGGAAGAGGGAAACAAACAGCUGCACGCGCGACAAUCAGGAAUGCAAUCAGCAGAAGAAUGCCUCUGGUUUCCAGGGGAAUGAGAAUCAUUACCACAUGGUACUUUCCAACCUUUUGAAGAAUUCCCAUGAGUUCAUCCUAGGACCUUAUUUCACCAAUGGAGGCCGGCGAUCAAGCUUCGUUAGCUGGAGAAACGAUGGAUUGUUCAGAAGUCAGGUGCCUAAGAGUGGAUCACAUCAGGUUUUACUGAAAAAGGUACUCUUUGAUGUAGCCAGAAUGCAUGAAAACAACCGUCGUGAAUCUAGUAAAGGCAAUGGUAAAUCCAAGCCUGAGUCUGAGGAAAUCGACAGAAACCAUGUCUUGUCUGAGAGGAAGCGCCGAGAAAAGAUAAAUGAGAGGUUCGCGAUUCUUGGAUCAUUGGUGCCAGCUGGCGGCAAGGUGGACAAAGUUUCGAUACUUGAUCACACAAUAGAGUACCUGAGAAAGCUUGAAAAGAAGGUGGGAGAGUUGGAAUCGUGCAAAGAAGCGCACGAGGUGGAUUCAACGACACAAAGCAAGCCUCAUGACGCAAUCGAGAGGACUUCAGACAAUUACGGCCCGAGCAAGGCGAGCAACAAUAAGAAGCAGUCGUCUAACAAGAGAAAAGCUUGUGAAAUUGAUAAAUCAGGAUCUGAUGGCAGCAAGAUUCGUCUGAGGAAUGCCUCUGCUGAUAAUGUGACUGUCAAUGUCGCAAACAAUGAUGUGGUGAUUGAGAUGAGGUGCUCGUGGAAGAAGAAUGUGUUGCUCGAGGUUAUGGCAGCCGUAAAUGAGCUGCAUAUGGAUAUCCAGACAGUUCAAUCUUCGGACAGCGAUGGAACUCUCUCCUUGACUAUAAAAGCCAAGGGCAAAGGAUUGAAAGCAGCAUCAGCAGGUGUGAUCAGACAAGCACUUCAGAAGAUCAUCAAGAAGUCUUGAAGAUGAUAUAUACUAACUGUUUCUCCAACUUCUGUAAAAAUCAAAAGCUGUCCUUUCAUGGCGUUUUUUUCCAUGUAAUGAAUUUCCAAUAAGGAACUGUGUUUUAGGGUAAGUCAUUCUGUU